CGGGAGGCGAAGAUAAAAAGGCACGCAUCCCAGAAACCCUAGCCCCUCGCUUAUAUUCCCCUCCCCCGCUGCGCCUCGCUCGUCCUCUCAAAGACCGGAAGGAGCGGAGCCGCCGAGUUUGGGAAGAGCCCCCAUCGCCUCGCCUCCGCUUCCGAAGGGACAGUACUCUUAGCCGGCGAUGGACCAGGCUAACCAACCAACUGUUCUUCAGAAGUUUGGUGGACAGUUCCACCUUGGCUCCAGCUUUUCUGAAGGUGUACGUGCCCGUAACAUGUGCCCUUCUGCCCCAGCUUAUGAAAGGCGCUACACCACAAGCAACUACAUGACCCAGAGCCAUUUUGGCCCUGCAAUGUCUGCCAUCAAUGUCCCGAUGGUGUCGUCCUCUCCAAUCUUUGCUAACGCACCAGCUGAGAAAGGUGUCAAGAGCUUUGCAAUUGAUUUCCUCAUGGGAGGAGUGUCUGCUGCAGUUUCAAAGACUGCUGCUGCUCCCAUUGAACGUGUGAAGCUUCUUAUUCAGAACCAGGAUGAGAUGAUCAAGGCUGGCAGGCUCUCUGAGCCAUACAAGGGUAUUGGGGACUGCUUUGGACGCACAAUAAAGGAUGAAGGUUUUGGCUCAUUGUGGAGGGGGAACACUGCCAAUGUGAUCCGUUACUUCCCAACUCAGGCCUUGAACUUUGCAUUCAAGGAUUACUUCAAGAGAAUGUUCAACUUUAAGAAGGAAAAGGAUGGUUAUGGAAAGUGGUUUGCUGGUAACCUUGCUUCUGGUGGUGCUGCUGGUGCCUCUUCAUUGUUCUUCGUGUACUCUCUUGAUUAUGCUAGGACAAGGCUGGCCAAUGACGCAAAAGCAUCCAAGGGUGGAGGUGAAAGGCAAUUCAAUGGCCUUGUGGAUGUGUACCGCAAGACUCUCAAGUCAGAUGGUAUUGCUGGUCUUUACCGUGGUUUCAACAUCUCCUGUGUUGGGAUCAUUGUCUACCGUGGUCUGUACUUUGGAUUGUAUGAUUCUCUGAAGCCAGUUCUUCUCACUGGUUCUCUGCAGGACAACUUCUUUGCCAGCUUUGGUCUUGGUUGGCUUAUCACCAACGGUGCAGGUCUUGCAUCUUACCCCAUUGAUACUGUCCGCAGAAGGAUGAUGAUGACCUCUGGUGAAGCUGUCAAGUACAAGAGCUCUUUCGAUGCUUUCCAGCAGAUUCUGAAGAAGGAGGGCCCCAAGUCCCUCUUCAAGGGUGCUGGUGCUAACAUCCUCCGUGCCAUUGCUGGCGCUGGUGUGCUCUCUGGCUAUGACCAGCUCCAGAUCAUCUUCUUCGGGAAGAAGUAUGGCUCAGGCGGUGCCUAAAGGGGGUGAAAUGAUGACGAACAAGAGUACUGUGUUCCCAGUCCUGCCCUUUCAGGAUCUGGCGAACUUUAUCUUUUUAACGUUGAAAGGCAAUAAUUUCUGUAGAGGGUGGAUUUUCCCAACAUUCGUUUUUGGUGGAGGUAUCGAACUCCAAAAGUUGUCGUAGGUUUGCGGCAUCAGUCUCCAAACAUUUACUAUCAUAGGGUUGAGUUCGAGUAUGUGCCCUGAAUCGUAAUCGGGCAAUUUUCCUUCCAUACAUUGUUCUCGAAUUGAAUGAGUCCGGUUUAUUGUCAUAUCUUUUGCUGGGAACUUAAACUCUAGUUUUGCCUGUCAUUUGCUAUUUGGUUAUAUGUGCUA